UGGUCUUGACCGUUGACGAUUCACGACUGACGCUAGUUUUUUAUACUUGUCAAAAUUAAGACAAAAUACUUGAUUCUGGUUUGCCCAUCGCCAUAGCUUUUAGUUUUAUUUGGUUAUACCUAUUACUUUUUACUGUGGCCAUAGCCCAUCGGUUUCUUGACAAUAAAAAUAUAUCGCGCUUAUUAUUGGUGCCCAAUUUUGUUUGAGCUCUCUUAAGAGGCAUUAAAGUUUCAGCCGAUCUUGAAUUUUAAUCUCAAAUAUUUUAGUACAAUACAUGUUACGCCUUAAAAGGAUUACAAAAUCAUAGUUUUAUUUUACAUAGUUAUUACGCUUAAACAUAACCAGUUAAAUAAAUUAAAAUGAAUGCUCUGCUAGACUACGGUUCAUCUAGCAGUACAGGAGAAGAGAGCAGUGAUGAAGAGAGAACAAAAGUAGAAAACCGGAAAAAUGACGAGAAGCCGAAGCUUCCAAAACCAGCUUUAGGUGAAAAUACUCUGCACACGUCGGUUUUUUCUAAUCCCUUUGUAGCAGAGGAACAAGCUAAAGCUGCCAUAUUGGAGAAACAUGUUAAAAUGGUUUCAGGUAAAAACCAUACACAAAUGAUCAAUGGCAAAAAAAUAUGCUGGAAUUAUAGAAAAGGCCGCUGUCGAUUUGGGCAUAAUUGUAAAUAUGCACAUGAUUCUGAUAUACAGAAAUCUAAUGAAGAAUUAGAAGCUGAAAAACAGAAACUAAAAACAGUUGUGUGUGAAGGAGCGGGCACAAUGACAUCAGCACUUCCACCUCAAGUAGAACUUGAUGCAUCUUCUGCUACCGAUGAUGACGUAUGGGAAACAAAGGCGAAUAAAAAAAAGAAAAGGCCUGGCCUGUCUCAAGGUAUAGUUCCUGGACAAAAGGUCAUCAAGAUGUAUAAAGAACAAAAAAUUAAAGACAGUAUUAAUAAAAGUUAAAAUUAAUAAAUGUUGAAAUCAA